CCAAGCAGACAGAUCCUCAUCCACUCACUUUCCAUCUUCAUCAUCAGUAUCGUUGUCAUGGAUUACUUUUCGCUUGAAGAGGUCGAGGCCUCAUCCCCUUCAACUUGCUCUUUGUCGAUUCCUGAAACGCCAGAGCUCAUGGAUACUCCGAGCACACAGAGGUCGACUAUGUUUGAUGAUGACAUUGCGGCGGAUCCUCUUGACAUUGCGGGUGGGAAUUCUUCCUUCAUCAUGGUAGUAGGAGGUCUCGGCUAUAUUGGCUCCCAUACCGUGUUGGAAUUAUUGAAAGAGGACUAUAACGUUCUCAUCGUCGACGACCUUAGCAACUCUUACGAGAGUGUACUCCACCGCAUUCAAGCGUUGGCGGCAGAACAUUUUGCAACACUUGACAGACCGAUGCCUGCUCUUCAACUUCGACAGCUCGAUUAUCGGAGCCCAAUGAUGAGGACAGUACUUGAAGAGUACUCCACAUGUACAGCGAUCGAAAAGGGCUCUUCUGUCCGCUCGGGAAUCGCGACAGAGCAUUCUCCAUUUUCUACGCUUCAUCGCACAGAUUCUGGAAUCGAUAUGCCCGUGGACGACAUGCCAGAGACUGUGCUUACAAGAGUAUCCCGCGUAUCCGGAGUCAUACACUUUGCCGCUUAUAAAUCUGUCGAAGAAAGUAUCCGAAUGCCGUUGAAAUACUAUAGCAACAACGUUUGCGGUCUGGUAGACUUUCUCAGUCUGCUCGAAGAGUUUGGAAUCAAGAACUUUGUAUUCUCGUCUUCGGCAACCGUCUACGGAGAGGGUGCUAAUUGCGGCGUCCCUCUUCGAGAAGAGCUUUGCGUACACCAUCACGAAACUUACAGUGAUGUGAAUGGACUUGAACUGCACGCCACUCCGGGUGUCAUGGGGCUGACUUCCCCAUACGGUCGAUCCAAGUUCAUGUGCGAAAACAUCCUUGCUGAUAUCGCGCGAUCGGACCCCUCGUGGUCGAUUACAGCCUUGCGGUACUUCAAUCCGGUCGGCUGCCAUGAGUCCGGACUUUUGGGUGAAGACCCCAGGCAGAAACCAAGUAAUCUGAUUCCUGUCAUUGCCACAGUCCUGACCGGAACGAAGCCGGUCUUGGAGAUCUUUGGUAGCGACUGGAAUACUCCAGAUGGAACCGCUGUGCGAGACUUCAUUCACGUUGUCGAUCUAGCUCGGGGGCAUAUUGCAGCAUUGGCAGCUUCAACAGCGGGUCGUAUAAAGGAUGCGUUUCGCGCCUACAAUCUUGGAACUGGUAGAGGACACACGGUUCGAGAAGUGCACCAGAGUCUUGAGGAGACAUCCCGACGGCAUAUUCCGGUCAAGGAAGUCGGCCGUCGAGCCGGUGAUGUUGGCUUCUGCGUAGCAGAGGUCCAACGAGCGGAGAGGGAGCUCGAAUGGAAGGCGGUAAAAACGCUGAAAGACUGUUCGACUGACGUUUGGAACUUUACACGGAGUCGCUGUCCGCCUGUGCCUGGGCAGAUGGAGUGUUAAUUGAUGCUGGUGAUGAUGUUGGAAAAGUGUUGGGUUGCCUUCCAAUUGGAUGGAGCUAUUUCGGAUCAUUCUCAGAUGUGCGAGCAUUAGUUUGGGCGUUUC